GUCCAUUGUCAGUUGCUUCAUUUGAAAAUAUUUUCUCCCAUUCUGAGGAUUUUGAUGGAUCAUCAAAAUCUGUCAGAACAUGUACUCUGCAUGGUUUUAUAUCUGAUUGAAUUAGGACUUGAAAAUUCAGCUGAAGAGGAAUCAGAUGAAGAGGCAUCAGUAGGUGGACCAGAACGUUGUCAUGACAGUUGGUUUCCUGGUAGUAACUUAGUAUCAAACAUGCGACACUUUAUAAAUUAUGUUAGAGUGAGAGUUCCAGAGACUGCUCCUGAAGUGAAGAGAGACUCACCUGCAAGUACCAGCUCUGAUAGCUUGGGUUCUUUACAAAGUUCACGUCGGCCUAAAGUUCUUCAAAGAGAGAAUUCUGGUACAGCUCAAGUUUUCAGCUUAGUAGCAGAGCGUAGAAAGAAGUUUCAGGAGAUCAUCAAUCGCAAUAGCAGUGAAGCAAAUCAGGUGGUUCGUCCUAAAACUUCAAAUAAAUGGUCUGCACCUGGUUCAGCUCCACAGUUAACUACAGCCAUUUUGGAAAUUAAAGAAAGCAUAUUGUCUUUGUUAAUUAAACUUCACCACAAACUCUCAGGAAAACAAAACUCCUACUAUCCUCCCUGGCUUGAUGACAUAGAAAUUUUAAUCCAACCAGAUAUACCUAAAUAUAGUCAUGGAGAUGGUAUAACUGCAGUAGAAAGAAUUUUACUAAAAGCUGCAUUGCAAAGCAGAAUGAACAAACGCAUCAUUGAAGAGAUAUGUAGAAAAGUGACCCCUCCUGUACCACCCAAAAAGAUCACUGCUGCAGAGAAGAAAACACUGGACAAAGAAGAAAGACGACAAAAGGCCAGAGAAAGGCAGCAGAAAUUGCUUGCAGAAUUUGCUUCACGACAGAAAAGCUUCAUGGAAACUGCAAUGGAUGUUGAUUCUCCAGAGAGUGAUAUUCCUAUGGAGAUCACCACAGCAGAACCACAAGUUUCUGAGGCAGUGUAUGAUUGUGUUAUUUGUGGACAGAGUGGCCCCUCCUCUGAAGACAGACCUACAGGAUUGGUUGUACUGUUACAAGCAUCCUCAGUUUUGGGGCAGUGCCGUGACAACAUUGAGCCAAAAAAGUUGCCUAUCACUGAAGAGGAGCAGAUUUACCCUUGGGAUACAUGUGCAGCAGUUCAUGACGUGAGGCUCUCAUUAUUACAGCGUUAUUUUAAGGAUAGUUCUUGUCUCUUGGCAGUAUCAAUUGGCUGGGAAGGAGGUGUUUAUGUACAAACCUGUGGCCACACGUUACAUAUAGAUUGUCAUAAAUCUUAUAUGGAAUCAUUACGGAAUGACCAGGUUCUUCAGGGCUUCUCAGUGGACAAAGGAGAAUUCACAUGUCCUCUCUGCAGGCAGUUUGCUAACAGUGUUCUUCCUUGUUAUCCUGGAAGCAUUGUUGAAAACAACCUUUGGCAACGUCCUAGUAACAAAAGCAUACAAGAUCUCAUAAAGGAAGUGGAGGAGCUGCAGGGACGUCCGGGAGCUUUCCCAUCAGAAACCAACUUAAGUAAAGAAAUGGAAUCUGUAAUGAAAGAUAUCAAAAAUACCACUCAGAAGAAAUACAGAGACUAUAGCAAGACUCCAGGCUCACCAGAUAAUGAUUUUCUCUUUAUGUAUUCUGUUGCUAGAACCAAUUUGGAACUUGAAUUAAUUCAUCGAGGAGGGAAUUUAUGUUCAGGUGGCGCAAGCACAGCUGGUAAAAGGUCUUGUUUAAAUCAACUGUUUCAUGUAUUAGCCUUGCACAUGCGGCUUUACAGCAUUGAUUCUGAGUAUAAUCCUUGGAGAAAGCUCACACAGUUACUAGAAGAGAUGAAUUCACAGCUGGGAAAUGAGGAGCAACAGCCUGAAGUUCCAAUUCUUUAUCAUGAUGUUACAUCCCUUUUGCUUAUCCAGAUCUUAAUGAUGCCACAACCCUUACACAAAGACCAUUUCACCUGCAUUGUGAAGGUGCUUUUUACCCUAUUGUACACGCAAGGUCUUGUGGCACUUUCAGUUAAAUGCAAUGAGGAAGAUAGGUCAGCCUGGAAACACACGGGAGCUCUCAAAAAGAAUACAUGUGAUGCAGAGAAGUCUUAUGAAGUCUUAUUGAGCUUUGUGAUAAGGGAACUAUCUAAAGGAAAGUUAUACCAUGAAGAAGGAACGCAGGAGUGUGCAACGAUUAGCCCUAUUGCUUGGUCUCCUGAAUCCACGGAAAAAUACUUACAGGACUUCUGCUUACAUUUCCUCAGAAUCACCAGCCUUCUUCAGCACCACCUUUUUGGGGAAGAUUUACCUAGCUGCCAGGAAGAAGAAGAGUUUUCAGUUCUUUCCAGCUGCCUGGGACUUCUGCCAACAUUUUACCAAACAGAACAUCCAUUCAUCAGUGCCUCCUGUCUGGAUUGGCCAGUUCCAGCAUUUGAUAUUCUAUCUCAGUGGUGUUUUGAGAUAAAUUCAUUUACUGAAAGACAUGCCGAACAAGGAAAGGCCUUGCUUAUCCAAGAGUCAAGAUGGAAAUUGCCACACCUACUACAGUUGCCUGAAAAUUAUAACACCAUUUUCCAGUACUACCACAGAAAAACCUGUAGUGUCUGCACCAAGGUUCCUAAAGAUCCUGCCGUUUGCCUUGUUUGUGGUACUUUUGUAUGCCUGAAAGGACUUUGCUGCAAGCAACAAAGUUACUGUGAAUGUGUAUUGCAUUCUCAGAACUGUGGCGCUGGAACAGGGAUUUUCCUUUUGAUCAAUGCAUCAGUGAUUAUCAUCAUUCGAGGGCACCGCUUCUGUCUCUGGGGUUCUGUGUAUUUGGAUGCUCAUGGAGAGGAAGACCGAGAUCUUAGGCGAGGCAAGCCUCUCUACAUUUGUAAAGAAAGAUACAAAGUUCUUGAACAACAGUGGAUUUCUCAUACUUUUGAUCACAUCAAUAAAAGAUGGGGUCCACAUUACAAUGGGCUGUGACUCACCACCUUAGCAUUGCAUUAUAUCAUUUUCAUUAAGAAUUUAUCAACAAUAAGCUUUAACUUAAUUUGGGGGAUUAACGCUUUUGCUGAGGGAAAGAAAGAAAACAUACAGUAUAAAGCCUUUCCAAAAUUAGGUGCUUGGUAAUCACAUUAAUGGUAUAAUAAUUUUUUUUUAAGUAUAUGGAGAGCAUAACAAGUAAGAAGUUAAACCAUUCUUUAGUGGUCCUUUUUUUGUUUAAGUCCACAAUUAAUAAGAAGCACAACUUGUUGACAAAAUCAUUUAAAAAUGAUUCUCCCAACAAUGCAUAUCUGCUAUUUGUUGAUAUUUAGAGUGGGUGUGAUUUAUUUAAAGUUUUACUGCUUCUUUAUAUCUGUGUAUUUUAAUUUGCAUCUGCUAAACGUAAUGCAUCCUUUCCCUCUGCCAUUCUUGUGUUGAUUUGAGAUUUUUGCUGUAUGUAAUUAGAAAAAAAUGUAAAACAUGAUUUAUGUGAAAUACUGUAUAGUAAAAUUUGGUCUAAUAGUAGAACUUUACAUUUUUUUCUUAUUGUGAGGAAUCUGUUAAAAGUUUAAGGCUUUGCUGAAAACUUAAUUCAUUCUCAGGAAUUUCAUAAAUAUUCUCCCCAGGUAAAUAAUUGAAAUAGUUGUAAAAUAAAUAGAUAGCUGCUGUUAAUAUAAUACAGUACAUUUUGGGGGACAUGUGUGGUUGGGGGAGUCCCUAAAAAUCAAAAUUUGCCAUUUCAUUUGGAUGAAUCACUUGAGGUAGUAACAAACAGAUUUUAUUAUAAAAUCAGAAGUUUUAAGAACAUAUACAUGGCAGAUUUUGAUUCUCUGCAUGCCCACCUUUUAUUACCAACCAAGUUUUUGUUUAAAUGAUUGGAUUGGAAAAAUGCUCUGACUUCCCCACAAAUGAAGCAUAGUUCUGGAACUUUCCUUAUCAGCUCAAGGGGUUCAUCUGUAUUGUAUCUGUGCAGUGUUAUCAUUGCUAUUUCUGCUCGGUUUCCUAAAAGGGAAGAAAAAGGGCUCAGUGGUGAUGAUCCUCAUGAAUGAGCUGUACAUCUGCAUUCUUGUUAGAAGCUGCUGUGAAAAGCAAUUUAUGUUUGUAGGGUUUUUAAGUUAGUAAGAAUGAAAAUGAUUGAGCUAAAACCCACUCUGUACUUACAGAGGGAAGAUGACAGAAAAGCAUGUGAUAUAUUGCUACCAAAAUUUUUCUUCCAAAUGAUUCAAUAAUUUGAUGAUUAUUUAAUAUAUAGUACUAUCAAGCAAUUCCUGGUACUUUGGACUUCCAUGGCUUGUUAUAUAAAAUUACAUUUUUACAUGUAAAAAUAAACUAAAAAGCAUCUAAUGAUAAACUAUAAAAAUAAAGUCAGAUCUGUGUUCUAAAAAUUAUUGAAUGACAUGAUAUUACAGGAUAUAAAAGUGGACAUUAAACGAUGGCCUUGCAUUAAAACAGAACAGUAAAUAUUCAAAUAUGUUCAAAAAGUCAAAAAAUUACCUAUAGCUCUACAAUAAAAAUAAAAUAUGGAAGUAGCUUGCUAUUUUUAUAUACAUUUCCAAAAUAUUAAGUUAACUUUCUGAACGACUAGAAUGAUUCUGUUUAAUUAAACAGCUGUUCUUUCCAACACAUUGCUACUUUUUUAAAUACUGUAUCAUAAGUUCAGCCUGUCUUAUUUUUUGCAUCCGUCAUUAUGGAUACCAGACCAGAUACUUUUGUUCUUCAGGUGUGGUUGAAGAACAAAAUGCUAAUUUACAUCUCUAGUAAAUACUGUUACAGGAUUCAUGAACUUGAAUAAUUAUACAGUUUGAAACUCUGAUGCUAUAUAUACAUGGUAUAAUGUACUCAGACUUUGGUUACUACAUAUUUAAAAUGGAACGUUUUAUGGUUGUGCAUACGGAUGUGAAGUGAAAAUAUUAGCCUUAACAUUAAAAUUUGGGUAUUUGAUAGUGUUUAUUUUGAUAUUGGUGAAUUAGUCACCAGUAAAAUUUUAAAAAGCACUUGGUUGAAAAUUGUACUUGAAUUACAUACAUGCAUGCUGCUAAACUAGAACUUUAAUUUUUUCCCCAUAACUUUUAUAAGUCCCGUUUAUAAACCCACUUUUAAAAAUAACAGGUCCAAGUUAGAGUGAUGUGUGUAUAUUAUUCAAAAAAAUGUACUGGUGUGAUACCUUGUAUGAAUGAUCAUUUAAAUACAGUACAUUACUGUAGAAGCUAAAUCAAUCUUUAUAAGCAAAGCAGAAAUUACAAAACUAGGAAUAAUCAACAUUGUAAGAUAUGUUAAUAAAAACCUACUGUCAUUUGGUUUGUGAAAGGUC